AUGAGCGGCACUGGUCGAUUACCGUCUCUAAACCAAUCCAAUGGGAAACCAAGCUUGAAGUUCAAGCCAAAAUUUUUGGCGAGAAGAUCUAAGGAGGAAAGAGAAGCGUCAAUUCCAAAGACUGCGCCGGAGGAGGUCAGUAGACCCUUCGAUAAAAAGAAGUAUAGCAAGCGAAACAAUGGCCCAAACCAGCAAAAAAGAUUACCACGCUAUCUCAACAAUACAAGAGUGAUCACUUCUGGUCCCCUUGGUGCUGGAAAUUUUUCUGCAGGGGGAAGUGACCCUCGAACGGGUUUUAUCAAGACGGAAGGUUCAAACUUCGAUCUUUUACAGAAAGGACUGAAGGCAGCAAACAAUGGCCAAGAUGAAAAUGACUCAGAUGGGGAUGGGAUUACGAAGAUCAAUAUGGGGAGAGAAUACAAUGUGCAUGAAAUUGGCGACGAUGAGGAAGAGGAACUGAGCGAAGAAGAAAUCGAUGAGGAUUCUUUACAGUCCAAGAUGCUGGCUAAUCUUUUCCCUGUCAGAGCAAUUCGCGUCAAGCAUGAGGAUAUGGAUAUAAUAAAAAAGGAACUUCAAGAAUCGAUGUCGGACGUCACGACAAGGGAACAUACACCUGGCUUUCCCAAGCUUGAGAAUGAUGGGGCGAGCUUACAGAGUAUUUUAGAACAUAGGGAUACGGAAUUACAACAAAAACUCGAUAAUUUAAGGCUUCAAAAUGAGUUUCACUCGGUUGACUCUGCAGAAGCGAUGGAGGAGGUUAAGAUGCUAAAUGAAGACCAUAAACAUAUCGUGAAAAAGCUCAACAAGCUUAACAACAUGCCCAACAAGUUUAUGGUCUUCCAGCUUCCAUCUGAUCUUCCAGAUUUUGAAGUACCGGAACCUCCAGUAGAGAAGAAAGCGGAAGUUGACCAAGAAAAUACACAGGCCAGUGGUGAAGCUGAAAAAACAGAGGAUGAGGUCAAAGUUGCAAAAGAAGAAGGAGAAAAAGCACCUAAGAAUCACGAUAUGGAGGAAGAAAAGCCUCUGAUGGGCCGUAUCGGUUCCAUACGGAUUCACAAGUCGGGCAAAUUAUCUGUUAAGAUAGGCAACGUAGUGAUGGAUAUCAGCAGAGGAUCUGAGACUUCCUUCCUACAGGAUGUAGUUGCCCUUGACGAAAGAGACGAAGAAAGGACAGUUGAACUUUUAGGAAAUGUCGAUGGAAAAGUUGUCAUAACACCUAGAUUCUGA